GUUUUUUAGUCCACGCCCACACUAGUCGACAGGACGAGAGAGGUUUUCUGCCAAACUCACCUCAAAGUAAACAGAGGUUGACCGGACGAUACUUUAUUUUCUCCAGCCGGUACUCACACGUGGCCAUUCAAUGCCUUCGGUUGAGAGCCUAACAAUCGCAUACGACUUCCUGAAUGAGCAGGGGACGUUUUCCGGAGGAGACAUAAUUACAGGAAAUGUCACUCUUACUUUGGAGAAGGAAACUAAAGUUCAGUCGCUGUGUGUCAAGGCGAAAGGAGACGCGGACGUGCGAUGGUCAGAAAAAAGAGGAGACAAAACCAAAGUGUACUCUGCUCAUACCAGAUACUUUAAGCUGAAGCAGUUCUUAACCGCAGAGGGUUCAGAUGAAACCGUGUUGCCUCAGGGGAUCCAUGUUUACAAGUUCCGCUUUCAGAUUCCACCAGGAUGCAUGCCGUCGUCGUUUAAGGGGUCCCAUGGAAAAAUUGUCUACAAAAUCGAGGCCAAGCUGUGUAGAAGUUGGAGAAUGAACACCACUGCAGAAAAGGAACUGCUGUUCAUAUCCAAGUCUCUCCCCGCUCUUGAUUCACCAAUGACACCACAGCGUGGUUCAACUCGAAAAGAGAUGGGCCUUUUUUCCAAAGGACUUGUGGAAUUGGAGGCCGUCCUUAACAAGAAAGCAUUCUGUGCAGGUGAAAACAUGGAACUUGUUUUAUUAGUAAACAACUCUUCCUCCAAAAAAGUUAAACCCAAGUUAAGUUUAAGCAAGAAAAUCACCUACUAUGCCAGAGGGAAUACCAAGAGUUCCACCGAAGAAAUCAGCAAGAUGGUUUUUGACCCAGUUGAGCAAAAUAACAAAGAAGAACUGAAGUGUGUGAUGGAGAUUCCUGCUGGUCAGAUACCAUCAAUUCAGAGCUGUGAUAUAAUUAAACUGGAGUACACCUUAAAGGCUUACCUGGACAUCAGCUUUUCUUUCGAUCCAGAGGUCAUCUUCCCCAUAACUAUUUUACAUCCCGACUCAGCUUUCCACUUUCAGCGUGGCAUCGCUCCGCCUGGAGAUUUUGGUGGCCCAAGCCAUAGCGACUUUCCUCCACCUGCUGUCUCAAUGGGUCUUUACCCAGCGUCUCCUCAAGCAGGUGGUUACGGAUACCCUGCAGUUCAGGGAUUUUCAGGACCUCCUCCGGAAUACCCAGGUCAGCCGCAGCCAUAUGCUGCUCCACCGGCUAUGUACCCUCCUAUGCCCCCAGCGUACGGGGGCAAUGCAGUGCCACAGCAGCCUCCUCCUUACGGAUCUGUGUUUUCUACACCUCACCUGUCACCGACUGCCCCACCAAUUUACCAACCACCAUCAGCCCCACCCACGGUGCCACAAUUUUCCUCCCCAUUUGUAGCACCUACAGCCCACAGUUCUUUGCCUUCUGCACCUUUGACGAAUGAAGAUUUCCUUUCUCAAGGAGAAAAAGGUCCAUCUGUGUAAUCUAUUUCUUUCAACCACUCUUUGUAUCUGACACCCAAUAACCUCAAUACAGUAUCACAUAGAUGCCUUGUACCUCGCUGGUGUAAGAGUGGAUGUAAAAUGCAUGCCAACAUAAUAGGAUGAUCGUUUCAAGGUUUUUCAUAACAGAAAUAUAUUUACCGUACUGGUUGGAUAUUAUAGGCAAAAAUAGUAUGUUAUGAAAGAUAAGAGAUUACUAGAAAGUUUUAUACAAGAGAUGUUGUCAAAGUAUGUAUUCAACAUUACAUUUCACUCCAUAUUUGUAAUGCUCCAAGAGUUAUCUGUCUCUACAACUUUAUAUGAAAGGUGCUCCUUUUAUUUAGUUGUUUUUUAACUGUUGAUUUCCCUGAGUGCCUGUAUCUUUUGUGAUCAUUGUUGGGUAUAAAUUCAGGAACUGUUAAGUAACACAAUACUUUACUUGUUUUAUGAUUAUUUCACACAUGCGCUCUUAUUGUGAAAGGGCAGGAGAAAAGGGGUGUGACAUUUUGUGUUGAUGAUGGUGAAAUAAAUAAAGUAAGCAUUUAGCUAAGAAGUAAAUUUUAAUUUUGCUUAACAGUUAUAUAGGUCGGAAUAAAUAUUUAUCCCUCAUAUUUUGUGUGCUUUGUAUAUUUCUAAUUAAAGCCACACUUUUAUCUACGAUGCAUUUCUUAAAUAUCUAACUUGCCUCAAAUAAACCUCAAUAACAAAAUAAACCUUUGUUUAUGUCACA